GCCGAGCGGCCGUGCGAGCUCGUGGGUUCUUUCCCCGUAGGUCUUCUCAGGCCCCGCCUCCUUUGACUCCGGCAGCUGCGCAAUUGCGGAGACUGGAUUCACCUGCCGAGUCGGAGGAGGGGCUCCGGGCGGCACAGUGCGCAGGCGCGGGCGUUCGGGGCUCGCGGCGCGCGGCGCUCGGUUGAAGCGGGACUGAGUUCUGGUCGCGGAGACCCGGCAGCGGGCGAGCGAGCGGGUGACCGGGCGCCUUCUCUGCAGCCAUGGCAGCCCUGCGCUACGCAGGCCUGGACGACACGGACAGCGAGGACGAGCUGCCCCCGGGCUGGGAGCAGAGAACCACCAAGGACGGCUGGGUUUACUAUGCCAAUCACACGGAAGAGAAGACUCAGUGGGAACAUCCGAAAACUGGGAAAAGAAAGCGAAUAGCAGGAGAUUUGCCCUAUGGAUGGGAACAAGAAACUGAUGAGAAUGGACAAAUGUUUUUUGUCGACCACAUAAAUAAAAGAACUACCUACUUGGACCCAAGACUGGCAUUUACUGUGGACGAUAAUCCUACGAAGCCAACCACCAGACAGAGAUACGACAGCAGCACAACCGCCAUGGAAAUCCUCCAGGGCCGGGAUUUCAGUGGCAAAGUGGUCGUGGUUACCGGAGCGAAUUCGGGAAUAG